AUGGCCAAGCGGCAGCAGAGGGAGGAGGGAACAACUUCCCUUGACGACAGGCGUCCCAGGAAAACACCCUCUUUUAAAAGUGUGGUGCUGCAAGUAAUGAGCCUGUGCAAACUGCAAAAUCUCAUGGAGCCGGUUUUGGAACCUCUGAUUCGUAGAGUAGUGAAAGAGGAAGUGGACACAGCAUUAAGAAAAUAUAUCAUCAGCAUGAAACGGAAUUGUGGGAAAGAUAUACAGCACUCUGAAUCGAUGAGUCUACAGUUACAAUUCUUGAAUGCUAUAUCCCUUCCCGUUUUUACUGGAACUCGUAUUGAAGGAGAAGGAGGCACGAAUCUCGAAGUUGCUUUAAUCGAUUCUGUUAGCGGGCAAGUUGUUUCGAGCGGUCUCGGUUCUUCUGCGAAGGUGGAGAUUUUGGUUCUUGAAGGCGAUUUUGACGCCGAAGAGAAACAAAAUUGGACACUUGAAGAGUUCAAAAAUAAUACGGUGAGAGAGCGUGAAGGGAAAAAACCACUCCUUAGUGGGGAUGUAAAUUUGACCCUUAAUGACGGUAUGGGAUCAGUAGGGAAUAUUAUGUUCACAGACAAUUCGAGCUGGACAAGAAGUCGUAAGUUUAGGCUCGGGGCUCGAAUUUUGGACAAUCUUGGUGAGAUCAGAGUCAGAGAGGCAAGAUCCGAGCCGUUUAUUGUCCGAGAUCAUCGUGGAGAAUUGUACAAAAAGCAUCACCCUCCAGUUCUUGGCGAUGAGGUAUGGCGUCUGGAAAAAAUCGGCAAAGAUGGCGCUUUUCACAGACGGUUGAGGAAAGAAAGGAUAAAUACCGUGCAAGACUUCCUUAUGUUAUUCUUCUUAGACCCCACAAGGCUUCGGAACAUCCUUGGGACAGGUAUGUCUGCUAAAAUGUGGGAGAUUACAGUGGAUCAUGCUCAAACUUGUGUACUCGACAAGAAAUUAUACUCUUAUGGCAACUUGGAAGCAAAAGGAGUCGUUUUUAACGUUGUUGGGCAAGUGAUUGGGGUUUUCUCAAACGGCCAAUAUGUACCUUUUGAUAAGCUGUCUGAACCCGAAAAGGUUGAAGCCCGAGAGUUGGUUAUGGCUGCAUUCGGUGAUCGUGAGAAAGUAGUCACUUUAGACGAAGAGCCCUCCCGAGAUAUUCACACCUCAUCAUCAGGCUUAUCCAUUCACCAACCUCCCGAUUUUCCGUCAGCUGUCACUCACCACGAGGAUUUAGCUUCUCACCAGAUUGGCCCAUCGACCUACUUGGAACAACAAACUCCAUCUUUUCCGGACUAUGUCCAAUCGGUCUUCGACGACUGCUUGCAAGGUAUGGACCCUAUCGUGGGCCUAAGGCCCGAUCAACAUAUGGGCUACACUGAGUCGAUUGACGGAGGUUUUUUCUCAAACGAGCACAUGCAGUACUUUGAGGCCGAUUUUACCCUCCCGAGCGAUAUACACACCACCAACAUUGGAGCAUUUAUGCCGGGCUCGAUUCCUCCUGUGGAUAAUGGCCAAAAGGGGUCGUGGAAUGUUUUAGUAAGCGUGAUUCGGUGGUGUUGUUCGAUUAAAAGAAUCGUGGCGAGAAAGACUCGCGUCCGUGAGUUGCCGAGAUACUCUUGA